UUUUGUUAACGGAUUCUUUUAUUUCCAGGUUGACUUAAUGGGAAAUUACAUAAGGUCAAAUGUCAGUAACCCAGAAAAAGCUAGUGCUGUUUCUAUUUUGAGGAAAAUCAUGACAAACAAUCUCGCCAAGGAGAUUAAUCUGGAGGGAGGCAAAAAUAAGAUAGCUAUAAGAAGCUUAAACAUCUACAAAGUUUUUCAAGGUGCUCUUCAGACCGCUUUUCCGUCCAGUGACUUGUCUGAUGCAGAAGAAGCACUGGCAAAGUGGCUGAAGGAUGCGAAAUGGCGGAAACAGCAUCCUGAUGUGCCACCACCAGCAUCAAAGUCUAGAGCGAAGUUUGGAGCUAGGUCUGGGAGAGGAUCCGGGACUCCACCUGGGGCCUAGAGUCAAUAUUCUACCAAAGUUUUGUUGCUUUAAUGUGUUCUUGGAUAUUUGUUUUGUGAUCUCUCACCUGUAAUGUUUAUUUCAGUUACAGUAGGUCCCGCUCAUAACGUUACCCGCUUACAUCGUUUCCCGCAUAUAACACAGUGAAAGUCGUUUAAAGCGUUGUUGGAAAUUGUAAUCAUGUGCCUGGUCAUUGCACUGAAGAAUCUCUGUCUGGCCCGUAACGUAAUGUGCACAGUCAUCUAUACUGACAUUAAGUUACGGUUCUAGCAAAGGAGAAUCUUUGGUGCAACAAUCAUAUGGAGAUAAGAUCUCAAUUUCCUUCAACGCUUUAAGCGGCUUUCACUGCAUUUCAAAACUGAAUUCUCGAGUCAACAAUCGCGAGCAUCCUUUUACCCUUUUUAACGUUUCUCAUUUAUAACUUUGUUUAACCGUGCAAGCCAACCACAAUGUUAUGGGCGGGACCUAAUUAAGAUUGAACUUCUACGUCUUAGGUUCUAAGUUAUGUGAUUUCGUACUUUCCUUUUAUUUUCAAUUUGACUAUGUUCUGUAUAAGCUGAAGAUUUAGUGUGAGUUAAACAUUUGUAUUAUUUGGUUUCAGUAUUACCUUUUAUUUUCAAUUUGACUAUGUUCUGUAUAAGCUGAAGAUUUAGUGUGAGUUAAACAUUUGUAUUAUUUGGUUUCAGUAUUACCAUUAGUACCUUUCAUUGAGUUAGACAAGUAAUUAACUUGACAAGUAAUUACCUAGUCAAUUUUUUUACCCAAGGUUUGUCUAGUUGAUUUGUGUUAUAAGUCAUUUAUUGAAUUGAAAAGAUGAUGUCCUCAUGUGUUUUUAGUAAUUAAAUAUACAUUUCUACCUA